GACUUCUGUGCUUCCCGAGUUUUUUGAUGCUUACCUUCUUGGCUAUUCCCAGUGCCAUCCAGCUUGGUGUUGUGUGGUAGUUUGCAUGUCUUGCAACUCCAACCCAAGUCUAAUUAUUUUUGUAUAUUAGCUUUUGUUCUUUUUUCCACGGAGCUUGUUUUGUUUUCUCUUUUUCGCACCGUCGCCUCUUGUCAUCUCCUGUUUGGGUCACUGUUUUCAGAGAAAGAAUCCCGGAGACGUUCCGUUAGUUUUUCCAGAAGAACAGGAAAACCCGAGAAAUAUUCUCAGAAAAGGUGGACCAUUGCUAUCUCGGGCUCUCUCUUCACAUGACAUCCGAGGCUAAAAAGUGUGUCGGCUUCGGUCCUGAGUGGUUUGUUUCUUCCCAGCUUGAAAGGACUUCCACCAUCAGAAGCGAUGAGAUAUGAGUGAGCUAUGCCUUGUGGAAAUGGAGCGACUGUAACCAAGCGGAAACAUGGCGUCUGUGGGCCCAGCUUCUACUUCUUCUCCAGUCUGCUGGUGGCCCUCUGCUGCCUGGAGCCAUGGAGCCUCGGCUCGCAGGCGGCGAGCUGCAGUCCUUGUCCGGCCAACUGCAGCUGCACGCCGGCGGGGCUCCAGCAGUCCUGCGUGGUCAACUGCUCCAACGUCGGCCUGGAGAGGGCCCCCGGAGCCGCAGACAUCCCGCUGACCACCAGUGUGCUAGAUCUUUCCAAGAACCACAUCUCCUCCCUGGAUACGACUCUGCUAGAUCGAUUCAUCGGCCUCCGAGAGCUGUAUCUACAAGAAAACAGAAUCGUUGUUCUCCCCAGAGGAGUGUUCUGCUGUGGGCCGUUGUCAGUCCUUGAUUUGAGCAACAACUUCAUUACCAAGAUAGAAGAACGAAUAUGUGACGACCUGUGCAAUUUAACGCAAAUUGACCUAAGCAGUAACCCUUUUGAGUGCGACUGUAAGCUUUUCCGCUUGGUCAGCUGGCUCCAAGAGAAAGGAGUGCGAGUUCGCCGGGCUGAUGCUAUGCUGUGUAACCACCCUCCUGAGCUACGCCACCAACCCCUGCUCAACGUCAGCUUGCUCACCUGCGGUCUGAAUUAUGCCGCCUGUCUUGAGGACAGCAGCAGUGGAGGAGGAGGCCGGAGUGAGCUCGUUAUUUUCUCAUCCUCCACCCCGGGCAACUUCACGCGUGAACAGUGUAACAGCGUGUGUUUCGCUGCCUCUCACCGUUAUGGCGGUCUGGGGGCGAGGCACGAGUGCCUCUGCAGUACAAACUCUGAGCCCAACUUCAUCAGUGAAUCUCAGUGUUCUGCCGCAUGUACCAACCCAAGUGUCAUGAAGGAAUGUGGGUGGACUCUGGCUCAUGAUGUGUUUGCAGUUGACUUCAACGUCUUACUUAAGCCCCUCCCAUUGCAAAGUGUUCACGACAGCAUCAGUUUCUCAGUGUCGUCCUCCGUCACCCCUAUCAUGCUCUCCUGGGAAUUUGGCGACCUUUCACCUCGCGUCAACACCUCAACAACGGAUCUUUCGAAGGCUACACACAAAUAUGGACUUCCAGGACAGUAUGCGCUCAGUUUGAUAGCCUGGGCUGGACACAAGGAGGUGUCUGCACGUGGAGAAGUGACUGUGGCAUUUCCUCCCAAACUGGAACUGCACUGCCCAUCUCUUACCGUGGCCAAUAGCAGUCUGGAAGUCACACUCGUCAGCUGGGGGUCUCUUGGUCUGGAUGUAGACUGGACAAUCGCAAAAGAUGAUGUACAGAUCACCAAAGCCUCCCCUUACUGUCCGAAAGAUGGGCUCUAUCACGCCGAGUCCUCAUGCUGUUUCCAGAUUGUUCCAGUGGAGAUGAGCUGGACCGAUGCUCAGCAACAGUGUUUAGACCGCGGCGGGGAUCUGGCAAUAGUCAGAGGUGACGCGCUGCGAAACGUGCUGGCUCAUAAAGUCACACAGGAACGAGGAGUGUGGCUCGGCUUGAGUGACGUCAAAUCUCCUGGCAGGCUGCGCUGGGUCAACGGCUCUGAGGCCCAGAACGGGGAGGAAGGACUUGCGCCUCGUUCCUUGAUCUCCCGUGGAAACGUUUGCGUGUCCCUUGAUCAGCGUGCUCAAACAAGUUUGCAUCCAUGCAACACCAUGCGGGCGUUUGUCUGCCAAUACAGCCCUCAAGUUCGUGUUCCAGAUGCAGGCAUCUACAUGGUUGGUCUGGCAGUCUUUCCCUCGCAUAAUUCUUUGCUUGUAGCGCCCCUCGCUCCAUUCUCUGCUGCACAAAGAGCCCACACUGCUUUAGAGUUACUGCUGUUUCCGGCAUCGAGCUUUGUCACUGCGGGUCGCUUGUCUUCCUUGGAGUUUGUCACACAGGAGUUGAGCUCACAAAUCCAUGUUAAAUUCCAGAUCUACAGACCUCACUGUCCUUAUCCCGGCCUGCACCUGCUCCUGCCCAGUUGUCAAGGUCCACUUUGUGCUCCAGUGGCUCAUUGUAUCCCAAAUGAAACCAGGGUCGUUCAGCCUCCCCCUUGUCCCAAACUACAACAGUGGUGUCCUUUCCAACGACAAUGCUUGGCCCUCUCCAGUCCGUGUCAUUCAUCUUCCUGUCAGAACUGCACCCAAGCUCAUCGUCUGCCACCUGGAGCUCUGAAACCACGAUACACUCUGCAAGAAGAGGUGGCCUUCACUUUGCCAUCGGGGCCUGCUGCAAACAUUCUGGUACAAGACCAGUUAGAAGAUCUUUUGGUUUCCCCUGGUGACGUCAUUGCCCUGCAACAUGAUGCAGGCCCAGCUUCCCUUCUGCGCUGCCAGUCUGCCCCCAGUUCACUCUGGCGACAGUCUGUUUUAGUCCUCAACAAUUCUGAGCGAAUCUUGAUUAACUCAAGCAGACCAUCAGCGGGCCACGGUGUUGAUCCACAGCCCCAUCUUGACCUGGAGGCACCACUUAAGACUGGUGAGGCAAGCUGGCUGGAGGAUGUGGUGUGCCCGGUAAGGGUGCUCUAUGUGGGGCACAGCAAGAUCCCGCUGCAGGGAGCAGAGCUAUCCGCCGGCCUUGCCCAGCCUGGACUCUACACUCUGCAGGUGACUUCUGCUGCGCCAUCAUAUCCAGCCUCAGCAUCAUGCUUACUGCAUAUAGUGCCUCCAUUAGGCCUAACAAUUUUGCAUCCACCGCUCUGGAAUGGCAGCCUCUACCUGCAGCCCAACAAUACUCAGCUGCUGCUCCAUGUGCAGUCCCGAUACAUCACAAGAGCAUCUCAACGAGGAAGUAAUUACAGCGUGACCUUUCAUCCGGACUGUCCCUCAAAUUUUGCAUCCAGUCCCACACUCUGCAAGCAUGUAUCUCAUUCGGGGAUUGAGGUGGCAGAACCAAGUCUAUAUGCAACACUGGAUCUAAACUUGCUGGCGGUGGAGCAGAAUGGUCCAAUACAGGUGGAAAUAGACGCUCAUAAUAAUGUAACAGAGUCCAACUUGACUGUGAUUGUUCACCUGGAAGAACCUUUAAGAGGACUCGUGGUCCAGCCUUUCCCAGCUCACAGAGUCCUCAUGGAGUCAGUCGUGAGCUACACAGCAUCAGUGCUUGAAGGCUCCAAUCCCACGUUCAAAUGGACAGUUGACGACAAGCCCUACUUCACGUAUUACAACACCGUCCUCAAUGUGAUCUACCAGCAUGCUGCAGUCUACAAGCUCACAGUGACGGCUAUGAACCACAUCAGCAGCCUCACAGAGCAUUUCAACGUCACCGUGGACCGUCUGCAGCCCAUGAGAAACCUCACAGUGAAGGGUGUUCCAGAUGUGGUCCCUCAGGGCUCUAUUCAGACACUGACUGCAUCUGUGCUUGUGGACAUGGCUGUUAUGGCCACAUUUAGAUGGUCUUUUGGUGACGGGGGAUAUAAAGAGUUUGAAUUCAAGCCUCCCUACGCGCCAUCAUAUUUUUGCCCAGACUCGCCCAAUAAAGUCUUACUCAGCAACAACAUCACUUACAUCUACUCUCAGCCAGGAAUAUACACAGCACUCGUGUCAGUUUCCAAUCGUUAUGAGAACAUCAGUCAGAGCAUCAACAUGAGCGUCUACAGCAUUCUAACUCAUGUCGAUAUACAGACGGAACCACGACUUCUUCUCGCUGGUAAAUCAGCGGAUUUUGAAGCCCACCCUUUACCCUCACCCUACGGCAUUCUCUACGACUGGAACUUUGGAGACGGUUCCUUUCAGUCCCAGGGUCGCCGUGUGGCACACACAUACGUACACAGCGGUGCAUUCAAUGUCUGCGUGUCCGUAAACAACUCCAUCAGCUACACCAAAGCCUGUGUUGAGAUUUUUGUAUUCGAUGAGAUUGAAGACUUAACAGCUGAAAGCUCCUCUCCUACAGAACUUAACAGUCCUAUUACAGUUAAAGCACACCUUGCUUCGGGUAACAACAUCACAUGGACAUUCUCUAUGGGUGAUGGGAGCAUCUACACGACAUCUGAACCCCACGUGUCUCACAGCUAUCCGAAAGAUGGCAACUACACAGUAAAUGUGACUGCUGCAAAUGCUGUAAGCUCUGGAUGGACACUCCUUACUGUGCAGGUCUAUGUCUUCCAAGUUGUCAGGAUGGAGCCUUCCGGAUGUGUCCAAGAAAGUACCCUGGUCAAUUUUAAUACAUGGGUGUCUGGCAAUGCAUCAUCUAAUCUUUAUAAAUGGAGCUUUGGAGAUGGAAGCCCUAGUGAGACACACCUUGGAAAUCCCCGAGUGUCACAUACCUACAAGACAAGCGGGAACUACCACCUUUCUCUCAAUCUUUCCAGUGGGAUCAACAAGGCCAACUUCUUUCGAUGGGUGUGUGUGGAGCCAGUUUUAACCAGCAUCAACCUAACCCUCGAGAAAACGCUUUAUGCUGUCGGUGAAGCGAUUCGCUUGCAGGUCAGAACUGACCCUGAGUUUACUUACAACUAUCAGUGGAACUUUGGUGCAGAAGAGGAACCUGUGAUGAUCCAUGGCACUGGGAAUGUCGUGACAACAUAUUCAAAUCCAGGUCAUUACAAUGUGACAGUAACUGUCUCAAAUAACAUCUCCAUAAGUAAUUCUAGUGUUCUUGUUGAAGUUCAGAUGCCAAUCGGGCCCAUUGUUAUUCUUCAUAAUGGCACUAAGUACAAUAACUUGAUAAUUAGGGAACCAUAUUUUUUCACAACCCCAACCUUGUCUUCUGAUGUCACUCACACCUGGAACUUUGGCAAUGGGAACUUGUUUACAGGUCACAGUGUGCCUUACACUUACAACUUUUCGGGAAACUACAACAUUACACUGACAGCAACCAACUCAGUCAGCAUGAAUCACACCGUUUUACCCAUCACUGUGCUCGCGCCAGUUCGUGGGUUAACAGUCAACGCAAGCCUGAUAAAUGUUCCUCUCAAUGCCUCAGUCCACUUUGAGGCUCAAAUGGUGGAGGGAGAUUAUGUCCGUUUUUCUUGGAUCUUGUGCGACCGAUGUACCUCGAUCCCAGGGCCCCACACCAUGUUCUACACUUUCCGCUCUGUUGGCACUUUUAACAUCAUCGUGACAGCGGAGAAUGACGUAGGAACGGCCCAAGCUAGUAUCUUCCUGUAUGUUCAGCGUGAGCUGGAGGGACUGUUUAUUUUACCCGAAGAGGAGAGGGGAAUAGGUCAGGGCGUGGGAGUGGAUGGUUGUUACUUUGCUACAAACCGUGUUCUCCACUUUCAUGCAGGCUUAAAAGAAGGAACCAACAUGACUUUUUCUUGGAAUGUCAUCAGAGAGCUCGAUCCUGUCAACUCAAGGUUUAACAUAAGUGGCAAGACUGUGGAGGUGAAUUUCUCCACACCGGGGCCAUGUGAGAUCAUUCUUCGAGCAGCUAACCUCCUCGGCCAGCUGUCUAUCAACAGGACCAUUCACUUCUUAGACCCAGCUGGAGGAGUAUAUCUGCAGAUCAGCAAAAACCCUGUUGCUGUCAAUGCUCCUACUAAUCUGUCAGUGUCCACUUUGGAGGGCUCAGACCUGCAAUACCGCUGGUUUGUUAAUGGAGAUACUCUGCAGUGGAGCAAGCCCUGGAAGACUCACACUUUUCCUAUUCCUGGACUACAUCACGUUACUGUGGAGGUCUACAAUGAAGUUAGUUCUGAGCUUGUGUCUGUGAUGGUCAGCGUCCAGGAAGUCAUCUCUGGGCUUGGGUUUACAGCAAACAAUGUGACAGAGCAAAUUUACAUAGCAACUGGGGCCGCUGUCAUGCUUCAGGGGGAGGUGGUGACAGGAACCAAUGUGACAUGGGCAUGGAUGUUUGAUGGAAACACAAAAACAGGACAGAAAACAUCUGUGGUCUUUCAGGAGCCAAAGACAGCCAUCGCUAUGCUGAAUGCCACCAAUGAUGUCAGUGGACAAGUGGUUUUAAAGGAGUUCUUUGUUCAGGACAAGAUUCAGGGGCUAGAGCUCAAAGCUAGUAAAAAGAUAGCAGUGCUUGGCGAGAAGGUGGAGUUCACCAUUUCUAUGGCAGCAGGCUCAGAUGUUCGCCUGACCCUCAGCAUCAGCGGAGAUGCCACCGUUACCCCACAACUCAACCAAACCUAUGUGCACGUGUUCACCAGGGUAGACACCUACAUGGUGAACCUCACUGCUCACAAUCAGGUAAGUUCUAAGAGGCGACACCUACAGGUUGAGGUGAUGGAGCCUCUACGUGGACUGUCCAUCCAAGGAAGCUGCAUAGCAAUCCCUGUAGGUGUGAAGAGGUUAUUUACAGCCAACAUCCUGACGGGUAAACCUGUUAGCUUCCUCUGGACCUUUGACCUGCACCACUUCCACAAGACCUCACAUAUUGGCAAAGAGGUGGCCUACAUACCAGAAGAAGCAGGUUUAUUAACCAUUUACCUGAGGGCCUUCAAUGCGCUGCAUGCUCAGAACAUCACCAAGCAUAUUCUGGUGCAGAAUCUGCUGACGAAUGCAGUCCUUUAUGCAACACCUCAGGACACGUUGGUUAAUAAGACUAUCACGCUGGUAGCUUCUGUCACACCCAGGUCAAAUCCUGUGGAGUGCUUGUGGGAAUUUAAUGAUGGUUCUUCUCCAGUUCACACCAACACUACAACUGUGGGUUAUGAGUACAGCGACCCAGGAAACUACAUGGUGCAAGUGAACUGCAGUAAUCUGGUGAGUUGGGUUUUGGCCCAGGUGGAAGUAAACAUCAGCGUCUUGGAGUGCGAGGAGCCAGAGGUUCAGGUGGUUCAAGCCCCCCGUCUCGCCAUCUGGAGAUCUCAACCCACUUUUGUGGAGGCCACUGUAGACCUAAAAGGCUGUGCAAUCUAUGGCGCACAGUACUUAUGGCAAAUACUCUCAACGCCGUCUUGUGAUAUUGACCCCCUUUUUCCGUCUGGAGUCCUGGCUCAUCCCUCCCAGCCAUUACUUAAUACAGUCAUUCCCCUACCGGUGGAGGUGGAUGUGCGGCGGCUACAGCUGUCGCUGCCCAAAAUGACACUGGCUACAGGGAACUACACUUUGGUGUUUUCUUUGUCAUAUGAAGGCGUCCCAUUAAGGAAGGCAGCCUGUUUGCAACUUGGCGUCAUGGCAGCAAGGCUCAUGCCCAUCAUAGAAGGUGGUACCUAUAGGGUGUGGUCGAGGACUCAGGACCUCCAGCUCAGUGCAGAACAGUCCUACGACCCCAAUAUGGACCCUGACAACCAGUCACUACUCCACUACCACUGGGAGUGCCAAAGCACCUCAAAGGGUCCCAAGCACUGCUCCAGCCUAAACUUUGGCUUGGGCUCCAGUGGUCCCGUACUGGGAAUCUCUGGCGCUGAGUUGGAGGCAGAUGUGGAAUACACUUUCAAACUGGCUAUAAGCAAAGACGGAAUGACCCCAGAAUCCACCACACAAACUGUGCUCGUCCAGAGCGGCCACAUCCCUAUGGUAUAUCUGGAGUGUGUGUCCUGUAGGGCCCAGUCCAUCUACGAAGUCAGCCAGAACUCGUAUGUCUACCUCAAAGGAACCUGCACAAACUGCCAGGGCUUUCAUCGUGGGAGAUGGACAGCUGUAACUUCGCAGAACGAGACCCUAAUCCUGGACUCCUCCUCGACGACAACAGGGAGCGACGGCAUGAAUCUAGUGCUGCGACAGGGUGUCCUUCUACAUGGAGAUUCCUACAUCUUCACCCUGCAUGUAACCGACGACACGCUGGACGACGACGGCGCCGCCUCCAUUACCCUGCACCACAACAUGCCGCCGGCUGGUGGGGAGUGUCACCUGAGAGCCGGAGGGGAGGCGGAAAGGAAUAAUGGUGAUGGAGACGGUGGAGGUUGGAGGAUUCGAACACUGCUGGAGAGAGUACACUUCAACUGCUCUGGAUACAGAGAUCGGGGCAUCUCAGAGACACCUUUACUCUACAGUUUGUUGGUGACACGCUGCAGAGAAGACUACUGCGAAGAGUUCUGCGUGUACAAAGGCAGCAGUCCGGAGCAUUCCGCCUUUCUUCCGCCAGGCUUCAGCUCGGCCCGACACCGUGUUGCUGUUUCCAUCACAGUAGAGGACCUUCAGGGUGCAGCAAUAACUGCCCUUAACAAAUCCAUUGAGGUGGAGCUGCCAGAUCCACCAUCUGAGUACACAAGUCUUCCUCACUGGCUGGCAGAGCUGACUGACAGCAAACUGAAACAACUGCUGGAGCAAGGAGACUCACAACAAGUCAGGCAGUUAUCCUUGGCUCUUAUAACUGUCCUAAAUGAGUAUGAGCAGAGCAGGGAAUCUACCCGGGUGUCCCUCGCUGAGCGCAUCUAUCGAGUCAGAGUCCGCAGCAACAUCACCAGGGCUCUGACAGCACUGGACCUGAAUUCUGUGAAUGACAUUCAGCAAACCUCUGCUGCGCUAGCUCAGUGCACGGCGGUGAGCAGGGAGUUCAUCUGUGAAGAGUGUCAGAACAGCACUCUGAACAAACUUGAGUCCAUGUUAGAGAUUCUACAAAAUGACACCAAGCAGGGAACGGUCACUCCGACUGAGAUAGCUGACAACAUCCUGAACAUCAUGGGAGAUCUGAUCCAUCAAGUCAGCCAGUCAGCGUCUUACUUCCAACCUCCCUAUGUGGAUUCCCCAUCAUUCUUCUCUACCUCCCCAUUGUCCUCUUCUGGUUCAUACCACGGCGGUAUACUGUUGGACCCCUCCCCUUCCUCCUUGGAGCCACACCCACUGCGAGUGGCAGCCAAAGCCUACAGCUUGUCCUCGGUCCUCAUGUUGAUCCUUAUGCAUGGCCGCGUCCUCAACGAAGAGCCGCUCGUGCUGAGGGGAGCAGAGAUUGCUGCCACAGGAAAACUGGCCGACCCCCAGAGCCUGCUCUGUUACCACGGCAACAGAAGUCCAGAGUGCCAACGGUUCUCCAUCCCCAGAGCGUUUAACAGCAGUCUGGGAAGAGCUGCUGCAGGAAACAGUGUCUUGCAAUUGCUCUUUCAGUUGGAGUCCAACCCCUUCCCCUUCAACUAUGUAGCCAACUACACUGUCUCCACAGAAGUGGCAUCCAUGGAGUUUCGUACUGAAAACGGCACCCAGAUUCCCAUCUCUGGACUGGAUGACAGUCUGGCCAUCACUGUUGCAAUUAACAAUGGAAGUGGAGGAGAGCUCAGCACAGAUGGUUCCAGUGCAGGAGUGCCCACAGCUGGAGCUGUAAACAUAAGCCAGUGUGACUCUGUCAUUGUCAGGGUGACCACAGGGAACACCAACCGACAGGCUGGACUGUUUGUGCAGCUCAACUUCACUUCUUUGGAAGAUGCCAGGGAGAGAAUGAAAGGAAACGAAGACUAUGAGGAGCCAUAUAUUGAAGCUUAUCUUCAUUCACACAAACAGCCUAAUGAAUUCAACUGCACCGAAAAAAAACAUAUCACACUCAGUAUGACUCAAGGCCAAGACCUUGAUCACAAGAAAUACACCUUCUUCCUGUCACCUGAGUUGUAUGACACCACCCUGGACUACUUUAUUAACGUAAGCACGCCCUGCAGCUCCACCUCACAGCUUGCUGGCGUUCAUCUUGAGGUGGGACUGUUUGCUUCGCUGUGCCAGUACUUCAGCGAGAAUGAAAAGCAGUGGCGAACAGAUGGCAUGGUCCCCCUGGCAGAAACGAAUGCCAGCAGAGCCGUUUGCCGCACCAGACACCUCACAGCCUUCGCCGCGGGUCUCUUUGUACCUCUUGAUGCAAUCAGCUUUACAAUACCAGAGCGAUCCGGCCCGCCAAGCUUAGUGGUGCUGCUAGUGUGCGUAUUGGGCUUACUCAGCUACGUUGUUGCUGCUGCCAUCUUGCACAAGUUGGAUCAGUUAGAUUUACGUCGGGCUGGUGUGGUUCCUCUGUGUGGCACCGAUGGACUCUUUAAAUAUGAGGUCCAAGUAAAAACCGGCUGGAAUCGUGGCGCAGGCACAACGGCUCAUGUGGGAAUCAACCUGUAUGGCCGUGAGGGCCGCACCGGACACCGCCAUCUGGACAGUAGGGAAGCCUUUGCACGCAAUGCUCUCGACAUCUUCCAUAUUGCUACAGACACUAGCCUUGGCAGUGUGUGGAAAAUAAGGAUUUGGCAUGACAACAAAGGCUUGUCCCCAUCAUGGAUGGUACAGUACGUCUUGGUCAAGGACUUACAAACAGGAAGUAGUUACUACUUCCCGAUUGAAGAGUGGCUGUCAGUAGACAAUGAUAGAACUGAUGGGCGAGUAGAGAUGGAGGUAGAGGCCUCAGAAGAGGCAGCGCUUCGCCAGUUUCCCCGCCUGCUGCAGUGUGAGCUGCAGAGGGCGCUUUGUGAGAGUCACCUGUGGCUGUCGCUGUGGGAGAAGCCCCCUCGCAGUCCCUUCACUCGCUUGCAGAGAGCCACAUGCUGUGCUUUGCUACUGCAGCUCUUUUUGGCCUUCAACACUCUGUGGCACAGCAUUGUGCUUGACAAGAGAUACAGCCCGCAAGCCGUGUCACGGCUAUCUUCACUGAACGGCGAGACUGUAGCAGCAGGCGUGGUGACUUGUCUGAUUGCUUACCCUCUUUACCUCCUCGUCUUCACCUUCUUCAGAAUGAGCCGCAGCAAGUGUGUGUCAGUGGAGAAGGUUCCUCCACAAGGAGACCAGGAGUCGGUGGAGAUCGAUGACUUCCUGGAUAACUCCAUGGCUGGGAGUUCUUUCCUCUACUUUGAUGGCGAAACUAACUCAAUGGAAACCAAUGUGGAUUUGCCAACUCCCUCCACCAAAAGCAUGGAGAGUUGGGGCGGGGCAGAAGAAGAGACAGAUGACAAAGAUUGGCCAGAGCUGUUGGGGCAUGUGUCUGUGACAGGAGGGGCGGGGCUUGGGGCAGGUGUGCCGAGGCUGAAGAGGGGCCAGGGAAGCAGGCAUCUUGGUGUUGACAUGACCUUAAAUCCUGGCGACGAUGAUGACCAACGUAACAAACAUUUUACCUCCUCAGAUGAGGACCUAAUCAAACACAUUCUGACUGAUGGACAAAACUUCUUUCCACAAGCAGAUGAAAGUGAGAUGGCUGACCUGUCAAGCAUUUUAGAAGAUAACACAGAGGUGAUUCUCCUACAGAAAAUGAAUGAGCCUCUAGAUUAUGUCAGAAGAGAACCCCCGAAAACUGCUUUCUCCUCCAAUACAGUUGUAACAGACGUGUGUCGUCCCAGACGAUUCCCUCCAUGGUGUGGACGCGCUGCCCUGUGGGGGAGCUGGGCAGGGAUCGCCCUGGCAAAUAGUAUAUCCAUAUGGGCGGGACACGGGUUCAAUCAGCAUGUUGCCAUGACAUGGCUCAUCUCUUGUUUUGCCAGCUUCAUGUGCUCCUGUUUCCUGCUGGAGCCAAUAAAAGUGUUGUGUGAGGGCUUUUACUACGCAGUGUUUGUGUGUCGGCUGCGCCCAGAGGAACAGGAUGUGCUGGUAGAGUUCCCCAUGGUGGAGAGGGUGGUGCAGAGAGUCCACAGGGUGCGACCACCUCAGGGCUAUGCUCUGUCUCAGGACCGGCACCAGGCUCGCAAGGUCCGCAUGCUGCACACCAUGUUGAAGAAUUUCCUGGUUUACAUGUUCUUUUUGCUGGUGGUUCUGCUUCUCAACUAUUCGGACUCGGCAAAAGACACACACAGCCUGAGACUGCAUACUCAGUUACAACAUGUGCUACAUACACCUGAGUACCACAACAUCAGCAGCCGAAAUGAUGUUCUGAUAUGGCUGAACAAAUCGUUGUUACCCCGCCUUCUGAAUGACUCCUCCCUCCUGGGAGACACGGGAAGCGUGUUACUCGGCACACUGAGACUCCGACAAAUCCACCAGACACAAGUUGUGGCUGGUCCCAGAUCAGUGGACAUGUGGGCACAAGGCAGGCCUAGCGUCGCAGAUAAUGAUACUGAGACACGCUGGAGGUGGCGUUUUGGUCAGAAGAGUUCAGCCAAUAGCGGCACAGAAUUGGUCCUCCAGCUGAACAGAAGUCUAGAAGAGGCGUCACGCUCCUUGCAGCAGCUACAGCAGCAGCACUGGCUGGACUACAGGAGCCGUGCCCUGUUUGUGGAGUUCUCGCUCUACAACGUCAACACAAAACUCUUGGCAGUCUUCUCUUUUGUCUUCGAGUUCCCAGUUUCUGAGCGUGCUCAGUCUAGCCUUGACCUCAUCGUCAUCACCUUGUGGCCAAUCACAGGGCUGGAUCUGCAGCUCCUUUUAAUGAUUGUCCUUCUCGCCUUGGUGUUAUAUUUCCUGCUCCGAGGGGUAUUGGGUGUCCUCCAAGAGGGCUACACCUACCUGCUGUCCACCUGGAGACUGCUGGGCGUCUGUAAACUUGUGCUGGCUGCAUCUGUGUGUGGCCUGCAUCUUAACCGCUGCGUCGUGGCCCAGCAGCAGUGGGCGUCGUACCUCAAGCACCCACAGGACGCCUUCACAGACUUCUACCCACUUGCAAAGCAGACUCAGACGUACACCGUCAUGGCGGCCAUGCUUCUUUUUAUACUGGUUCUCAAGGCCUCCCAUCAGUUGCGCUUCCUGCGAGAGUGGGCCGUCUUUGGAAGAGCUCUGCGGCGCUCGGUCUGGGAGUUGCUGGGUGUAGCUCUCGCCUUGCUGCUGAUGUUGCUGGCAUACUCACAUGCAGGACACCUGCUCUACCACUCUGUAUUUGAUGGCUACGGCAGCGUCGGCGCCACCUGUCUGUCCUUGUUGGGGGCCGGUGGGCGUGGCCUGUUGUCGUGGGGACCUUCUCAGUCGCUAACCGGUCCGUCAAGCACCGUCUCGUCGUUGGUGUUCCACGCCAGCUUCGCCGUGCUGCGCUUGGUCUUGCUGUGGUUGGUCGCCUCCGUUUUACUGAGGAACUACCGGCGUGGACGUGCGGAGUUGUACCGCCCGGCCGUGGAUCUGCAAGACUACGAGAUGGUGGAGCUCUUCCUCAGGAGACUGAAAAUGUGGAUGGGUCUCAGCAGAGCCAAGGAGUUUCGUCACAAAGUUCGUUUCGAAGGCAUGGAGUUGCCGCCAUCACGUUCGUCGUCCAGCAGCGACUGCAGGUCUCUGUGCUUGCCGCCGCUGGAGCGUCCCGACUCUCCGUCCACGCCAGACAGCAUCGACGCCGGCUCCGAGGCCUCCUGGUGCCCGGCUUCCUCCAGCCCUUGCAGCCUGACGGAGGCUCCCGGUGUCGGACUGGGGCUGGGCCUGGGCCUGGGCCUGCGUCUGGGUCCGGGGGCGGUGGUGGUGGGCGGGGCCAGCUGGAAGGAGAGAGCCGAGACGGAGGCCUCGAUGAAGCGGCUGCUCCCCACCUUCGACGCCCUGCUGCAGCAGCUGGAUCGCGUCACCGUGGCAACGGAGGACCUGUUGCACGUGGAGUGUCGACUCGAGCGAGCGCAGAGGAAGGGGAGGCGCGGCAACGGAGGGGAGCGGCGAGGAAAGGCGGGGAAAGACAAGGAAAGGAAGCGCGUCAAAGAAAAGCACAAAGCGGGCAAGAAGGCUCGGAAAAAGGAUACAAGGGAAGGUGAGGCUGCUGCCAAAAACACGCCCAAAGCAGCGGACAAAUCGCCCCCCAUGCCAGCCACUGACCCCUCCCCUUCUCUGCUUGAGUCCAGCACUGUGCCUGCAUGCGCCGAGAGAGAGCCCCUCCCCCCCUCCAGCAUGUUCAACCACCCGGCCCACACCACCACCAUCCCCACGCACAAGCGCAAGCGCAAGCCCCCUCCCCUCAAGAACAAAGUGCACCCCAACUAAAAGUGCGAGAACAUUCCGGGGUUAAGGACGAGAAGAGAGCGGGGGAGGGGGACAGCUGGCUCUGUCUCCCACCGCUCCUCUCUAAACCCUCUAAGGCCGUUGUUUGAAUCCCGCCUGGUGCAGGUUGCCUGGUGUCUGCACUAAAACCAAUAAGUGGUCUUUUUUUUUUGUCUUUUGUCCCCCCGCCCCCUCUGCCAAGCUGAAGGACACCCCCCCCC